AUGGGCCGCCUCAACGAGCAGCGUCUUUUCCAGCCCGACCUGUGUGACGUGGACCUGGUGCUGGUGCCCCAGCGCAGCGUCUUCCCAGCCCACAAGGGUGUGCUGGCCGCCUACAGCCAGUUCUUCCACUCCCUCUUCACCCAGAACAAGCAGCUGCAGCGCGUGGAGCUGUCCCUGGAGGCGCUGGCCCCCGGAGGCCUGCAGCAGAUCCUCAACUUCAUCUAUACUUCCAAGCUGCUGGUCAACGCGGCCAACGUCCACGAGGUGCUCAGUGCCGCCUCGCUGCUGCAGAUGGCCGACAUCGCCACGUCCUGCCAGGAGCUGCUGGAUGCCCGCUCCCUCGGGCCCCCGGUCCCUGGCACGGUGGCCUUGGCCCAGGCGGCUGCCAGCGGCACCCCAGCCGCACCGUCCUACUACUGUGACAUCAAGCAGGAGGCCGACGCCACGGGCCUGCCCAAGAUCUACGCCCGUGAAGGCCCUGAUCCCUACUCGGUGCGUGUGGAGGACGGGGCAGGGGCUGCGGGCGGCACAGUGCCCACUGCCAUUGGGCCAGCACAGACCUUCUUCAAGGAGGAGAAGGAGGGGAGCGUGGAGGAGGCCGCUGGGCCCCCGGCCCCCCUGUGCAAGCUGGAGGGUGGGGAGGAGCUGGAGGAAGAGCUGGGGGGCUCUGGCAGCUACAGCCGCCGGGAGCAGUCCCAGAUCAUCGUGGAGGUGAACCUCAACAACCAGACGCUGCACGUGUCCACGGGCGCCGAGGGCAAGCCGGGCACAGGGACCAGCCCGGCCACCAUGGUACUGGGCCGGGAGGACGGGCUGCAGAGACACUCGGAGGAGGAGGAGGAGGAAGAAGAGGAGGAAGAGGAAGAAGAGGAGGAGGAGGAGGGUGGCGGCAGUGGAGGGGAAGAGGAGGAGGAAGAGGAGGAGGAGGAAGAAGGUGGCAGUCACGGGGAGGAGGAGGAGGAGGAGGAAGGGGGUCAAAGUGACCAGGAGGAGGAGGAGGAGGAGGAGGAAGGACACAGUGAGCAGGGGCAGGACAGCUCGGAGGAUGAGGAUGAGGGGGAGGCUGGUAGCAGGCAGGGCGCUGGAGGGCACCGAGGCAGCUGCGUGGAGCCCCCACCCCACAGUCGCAUGGCCACACGCUCCCGGGAGAAUGCCCGGCGCCGGGGCACCCCUGAGCCUGAGGAGGCCGCGCAGCGGGGCGGAAAGCAGCCCAAGCCGCCCCCCGGAGGGACCCCAGCAGCGGCCCGUGGGCCGCCCGCCGCUGACGGGCUGGGCGCCAAGGUGAAGCUGGAGGAGAAGCAGCACCAUCCUUGCCAGAAGUGCCCGCGCGUUUUCAACAACCGCUGGUACCUGGAGAAGCACAUGAACGUGACCCACAGCCGCAUGCAGAUCUGUGACCAGUGCGGCAAGCGCUUCCUGCUUGAGAGCGAGCUACUGCUGCACCGGCAGACGGACUGCGAGCGCAACAUCCAGUGUGUGACGUGCGGCAAAGCUUUUAAGAAGCUCUGGUCCCUCCAUGAGCACAACAAGAUCGUGCAUGGCUACGCAGAGAAGAAGUUCUCGUGCGAGAUCUGCGAGAAGAAAUUCUACACCAUGGCCCACGUGCGCAAACACAUGGUUGCCCACACCAAGGACAUGCCCUUUACCUGCGAGACCUGCGGGAAAUCCUUCAAACGCAGCAUGUCACUCAAAGUGCACUCGCUGCAGCACUCGGGGGAGAAGCCGUUCAGAUGUGAGAACUGCAAUGAGCGCUUCCAGUACAAGUACCAGCUGCGUUCGCACAUGAGCAUCCAUAUUGGCCACAAGCAGUUCAUGUGCCAGUGGUGCGGGAAGGACUUCAACAUGAAGCAGUACUUCGACGAGCACAUGAAGACCCACACAGGGGAGAAGCCGUACAUCUGCGAGAUCUGUGGCAAGAGCUUUACCAGCCGGCCCAACAUGAAGCGGCACCGGCGCACACACACGGGCGAGAAGCCGUACCCCUGCGACGUCUGCGGCCAGCGCUUCCGCUUCUCCAACAUGCUCAAGGCGCACAAGGAGAAGUGUUUCCGCGUCAGCCACCCUCUGGCCAGCGACGGGCCCUCACCCGCCCCGGGGCUGCCCGCCACCCCGCCUCACGCGCACCCACUGCCCCUGCUCCCGGGGCUCCCCCAGACCCUCCCCCCCCCGCCCCACCUGCCGCCCCCGCCCCCGCUCUUCCCCACCACUGCCAACGCCACUGCCACCGCCGGGAGGAUGAAUGCCAACAACUGA